AUGUUCCGAGUGUCAAUGCCGCUGUGUGCGACGUCGACGCGGCGUCUUGGGCGGGGGGCGGUCUUCCUGCCGUGGAAUGCGCGGCCGUGGCCGACGUACGACACACACGCCGACGAGUGGAAGUUCCUCGACUGCGCACUUGCUGCUGUGGUCAGCAUGACGCCGGCGGAGGUGUCGGAGAAGUCGCUGCGGCUCUGCCCGCGGCACCUACUGCACGAGAUUGAGGACCCCGUGGUCACGCUGCAGCGCCGGCGACGCAUCGAGGCGCAGCGGACACUCAAGCAGCAGCAACAACAGCAGCAGCAGCAGCAGCGGCGGAAGAGGGAGGCGGCAACAGCCGCCGCUGCUUCUGGGGCGCGGGCAGCGUUUUACGCUAGCAACAGCGUAGGUUUGGGGGAAAGAGCACAGAGUGGCACCCCUGGCAGUGCCGCGCCCGCUACCAGCGCCAACGUGAAUACAGUCAACAACAGAAUGAAGAGCAAUCGCCACCCGAAGAACAAAAAAUCAACGGGUACGUUUGAGGCGGCGCCAUCCUGCGCCCCUUCUGCUGGUCCUGCUGCUGCAGCUGCAGCAGCAGCUUUGAGCUCUGCUUCACAAAUUUCAUCCGAAGCGGCUGUGGAGGACAAAAUGAUGGCAGCAACACGCCAGCAACGCAAUGCCAAGCCUACCACCGCAGCGGUGCCGGUGCGAGUGGAGAAAAAGAGUAGUAAUAGUAGUAGUAUAGGGAGCCAACUGGAAUCUAAAAUGCUAGCGGGUAAGACCGUUGUUGAGACAGUUAAAAAGAAAGGGGAUGGAGAGAAACACGUAGUAGAGGGGGAGGCCCUUGACGCAAGAAAAGAUGCCUCCACCACCGCACGGCAGCGACCGAAGAAACAUAAACCACACCGCGGCGAUGGAAAAGACGGUAAACGCCGAAGCAAACCGCUGGUCUCCUCCACGGAUGCAGAUGCAGUUAAUACUGUUGCUGGUGGUGGCGGUGCUGGCGUUACCAAUACGGAUGUGGAUGCCGCAGCGGGCGCUGGGGCGGCCGAUGCCGGGAGCGAUGCUCGUCACGCGAAGGACCCGACGCGUGGUGGUGGCGUGUUGAAUGUAUAA